GGAAAAAAAGGGUAUCUAAUUAUCCACCCACCAUUCACGCGCAAACCCUAUAAAGCCUCUCUCAACGCAACAUCAAAUCUUCAAACCUCAACUUUUUUUUAAAAAAAAAAAAACCCGCCCGGUCCUCUCCCAGUACCCGGUAAACCCGCACGAUGAACGACGGCGGAAGCCGCCAAAGCGACAACGCAAAGCCACUCGAUUUGGAAAACCUGAGAGUUGUCUCCGCCGUGGGGCGCGGCGCCAAGGGCGUCGUAUUCCUCGCGAGGACCGGUGACCGGUCUUCGGAAGAGUGCGUGGCGCUGAAAGUGAUAUCGAAGGCGCUGAUCAUUCAAAAGAAGGCGAAGUUAAACGACACGGAGGAGUACACGAGGGUGUCGUUUGAAGAGCAAGUGCUGCGUCGUUUCGACCAUCCGCUUCUGCCUAGGUUAAGAGGGGUUUUCGAAACCGAUAGGGUCGUUGGGUUCGCCAUUGAUUACUGUCACGGUGGCACGCUCCGUUCGCUAAGGAAGAAACAGACUGAGAAAAUGUUCUCUGAUGACACCAUCAGGUUUUACGCUGCGGAAUUGGUUCUCGCAUUGGAGUAUUUGCACAAAUUGGGAAUAGUGUACAGAGAUUUGAAGCCAGAUAAUGUGAUGAUUCAAGAAAACGGCCACAUAAUGUUGGUCGAUUUUGACCUAUCCAAAAAGCUAAACCCUAAAUUCCCUUACUCAUUGAGUCACAACUCGUCCUCGAAUCCUAACUCGGAGAAAAAACACACAAGGAGGCACUGGUUAACGCGAUUCUACAAAUUCUGCAACUGGGUAAUCUCACCCUACGACUCGGACUCGGAGCCCUCACUCAACAACGUCAACUCAGCACGCCACAUCGAGUCCAACUUAGUCGAAAAAUCAAACUCCUUCGUAGGAACAGAAGAGUACGUGGCUCCCGAAAUAGUUUCGGGGAAAGGUCAUGACUUCAGCAUUGACUGGUGGUCAUACGGCAUCGUUUUGUACGAGAUGUUGUACGGAACAACUCCGUUUAAGGGCGCCAAUAGGAAGGAAACGUUUUACCGCAUCUUAACGAAGGAGCCAGAGCUAACAGGGGAGAAGACGGCGUUACGGGAUUUGAUUGGGAAACUGCUGGAGAAAGAUCCUGACCGUCGGAUCAGGGUUGAUGAGAUCAAGGGCCAUGAUUUCUUCAAGGGGGUUAAGUGGGACAUGGUGUUGCGCAUUGUGAGGCCACCUUAUAUUCCCGAAAAUGAGGUCAAGAACAAAGUGGGGUUCGGCAAAAGCGACGUGGAAGUGUUCGUGGACAAGGUGUUUUUUCCAACAGGUGAUGAUGGAGGAAGAGAGAAAACAAAAAUGGUGUUGGAAAAGAAGGAUAGUAAUAAUAAUGGUGAGAAUAUUAACAAUAUGGUGAAAGUUGAUGAAUUGAGUCAUGUUCCCACCGAGAAGAUUGACGAUUUUUUGAUUUUUUGAGUUGACAUAUUCUUUUAAUAUUAGCCUAAAUGUGGAUCCUUAUCUCACCUUAGAAAAAAAAACUAAUUGUAGAUCGUGCAUAUCUUUUGAAAUUUAAUUAAUAUAUAAUUAAUUUCGACCA